GACAGGGACAUCAUGGACGUGUUAGAGGCUAUCACCAAGGCUACCCCGGCUGGCGCCCCGCUGUUCCCCUACACUUUGGCUCGUUACAGGAAGCUGAUGAAGGAGGUGGAGGCCUCGUUGGGCCUGUCUGCGGGAUGGGGGCCUCACAGCCCCAGGGCAGGAUGGGCCAGUGAUAGUCGAGCAGAAGGGCUGUCCUUUGAGGAGGUGCGCGAGAGAGGAAGGUGGAUUUGGGACGCGAGUUUGAGGAUUUAUUUAGACAUCGCCGGAGCCAGUCACAUAUUAACGCAGCUCAACACGAGGGGCUUCGCACAGCAGUUGUACUGGCUCAAGAGGGGUUGGAUCCAGUACUUUCCAGCUUCGGUUUUCGACGUCAGCUCGGGGAUGGUCAGGGACAGGAACACGGGCCAGUGGGGAUGGCCGCAGGCCUUGCCCGAGAACGUGUCGCCGCUGCCGCAGACCCCUGGAACGCCGGGAAGCUGGAUGCAGAUCCAGUCGCCAGCGUCGUCGGGGGCCUCUCGAGCAGCCACGCCGCCAGGCCCCGUCAAGGUUUUCACCCCGCCGUCGGCUACGUCCCCGGGUACGCCUCCGCCGUCUACGACACUGGCUGCAGUGCCGACGGAGGCGGCGGGGCACAUCAUCCCGGGCGGCUUGAAGUUCGUCCCGCAGGGGGUCAGGGCUCCAGCGACACGAGUGGCCAAGGGGUCGCGGGUCAAGGCGAUUGCAGGCUUCUGUAAGGUUGUCAGGCCCGCUUUGGGCCCUUGUUUCUGCCCGCUCAUCGUCCUGGUCGCGCUCUUCGUCGUGUUUCCAGCGAGCGUGUUCCCCAAUUUCACCCGGAGCGCUGACGCUGCAGCCCAUCUGGUGGAGGACGUGGCGGGAGCUGGUGGAGCAGUGGCGCUCGCGGCCAGAAAUUUUACCAUGGCGGUGAGCAGC